AUGUUAAAACACGUGUCUUUACUUCUUCUCCUAGGACUCGCCUUUUGCCACGACGAGCCUAAAAACAUAUUGAAACUCACUGAUGAUACUUUUGAAGAAGUUUUAUCCACAAAUCCCUAUGUCUUUGUCGAGUUUUAUUCCCCAUGGUGUGCUCAUUGCCGAUAUUUUGAUCCGCUUUAUUCUAAAGUUUCCACUUUAUUUAGUGAAAAUACCCCUCAGGUCAUAAUUUCCAAGAUAGAUGCUACAGUUCAUUUAGAAGCUGCAGAAAACUACGAUAUAAGCGCUUAUCCAACAUUUAAGCUCUUCAUCAAUAAAGAGCCAAUUGAUUAUACCGGACCUCGAUCGGAAAAUGGCAUGAUCAAUUGGAUUUUCAAAAAAAUAAACCCUCCUGCAUGGCACCUGCAGUCUUUAGAUACAGUCAAAGCCUUCUUAGAAGACAACAAGCUAGCUUUUGUACUUUUUACUACACAUGGCUCAGCUGAAGAAAAAAUAUUUGAAGAGACUGCAAAAACGCUUGAAGGGAGCUAUUAUGCAAUCUCAACAGACCCAGAAGCUGCAAAGGAAUAUGGGGUGAACAUCCCUCAGCUAGUUGUGUUUAAACAUUAUGAUGAUGGCAAAGCAGAAUACAAAGGAGAAUUCAAUGAAAGUGAUUUAACUGAAUUCAUAGAAAAGCAUCAGUUACCUUGGGUAAUGAGAUUCGAAGGGAAAGCUAUUGAAUAUGUGUUUGGAAAAGAGAAUCCUUGCUUAUUUUUAUUCAGAAAAGAAGAGGACUCACAAUAUGACGAACUUCUUCAGCAUAUUUCUAAACAUGUAAAAGGAGAAAUUUUUAUGACAUAUGCUGACUUAUGGGACUCAAUAAAUAUAAGACUGGGAAAUUCUAUUGGAGUUUCCCCAGAUUCGAUGCCUAUGGCGUUUAUAUGGCAUUCAGAAACCAAAAAAUACAUGCUGAGUGGAGAAAUCACUGAAGAAACUUUGCUACAGUUCUUGCAGGACUAUAAAAAAGGAAUCCUCCCAAUUUACUAUAAAAGUGAGCCAGUCCCUGAAAAAGACUAUGACGAUAACAUCAAAAUUUUAGUCGCCAGCACCUUUGAAGAUAUUGUUUAUAAUAGCUCUUUGAACGUUUUGGUACAAUUUCAUGCACCCUGGUGUGGACAUUGCAGGACACUUACCCCAGAAUUUAAAAAAGUUGCUGAAAGGUUCUCAGGGACUGAAUCAAUUGCAGUGGCCAUGCUGGAUGCAACGAAAAAUGAAAUCCCUGGACAUGAAAUUACUAAAUUCCCAACAAUAAAAUACUUUACAACAGAAAAUAAAGAAGGAAUAGAAUAUAAUGGUUCGAGAGAUGCAGAAAGUAUUAUUGAGUUUAUCAAAAAUAACACCCCAACUCAAAAGCAAAUGAAGCAUGACCUUUAA